UUGUCCCGACUCCGGGACUCCAAGCGCUCGAGUCCAUUUCACCGGGAGGGAUAACUCCUCGCUAUGGGAAGAACGAAAUAAAAAAGCAUUUAUUUGAUUUUUUUGGAAGGGGGGGGAGAAGAAAAAAAAGAGGAAAAUAUAAAUAUAUACAUAUAUAUACUCCAGCACCAAUUCCCGAUCUUCGAGAGGACUUCCAAAUUUGGGAGAAUUCCCCCCACCCCAAAAAAAGUUAUUUCCUAAAAUUAAAAGCUUGCAAAGAAGAAAACUGAGCCGCCGAGAUUGGCGUUGUCGUGGCUGGUUUUCCCACCGAGGCUUUGCGGCCGACCCGCCUUCCGUCUCCCUCCCCUUCUCGGCCGGAGAACUUCCCGCCGGGAGUUGCUGCGGCUGAAGCCGCCCUCCAGCGAAGGACCCGCGGCCGCCGAGCGCUCCCGCCGGCGCUUAGGAGAACCGGAGCAAAACUUUGCAGCGGCCUUGCGAGCGCAUUCCCGCCAAAAACAGGAACGGAGGAGGAGGAGAAGGCGAAGUCUGGUUUCUGUGGCUCCCUGGGAGUCGGCGAGCCGGCGGCGGCGGACUCCUGCCCGGCCCUCGGGGCCGCCUUCCCCGCUCCCGCUCGGCCUCGCCCGCCCCUUGAUGCCCGCCAAUGUUAGCCGUGGGGCAGAUGGAGGCUAACCGCCCGCCGGGCGCCUUCGUGCUGAGCAGCGCCCCGCUGGCGGCGCUGCACAACAUGGCCGAGAUGAAGACGUCGCUCUUCCCCUACGCCCUGCAGAGCCCGGCCGGCUUCAAGGCGCCCUCGCUGGGCGGACUCAACGCGCAGAUUCCGCUGGGGACCCCGCACGGCAUCAGCGACAUCCUGGGCAGGCCCGUGGCCGCCGCCGCCAGCAGCCUCCUCACGGGCCUGCCUCGCCUCAACGGGCUGGCCGGGGCCGCCGCGGCCGGGAUGUACUUCAACCCGGCGGCCGUGUCCCGCUACCCGAAGCCCCUGGCCGAGCUGCCCGGCAGGCCGCCCAUCUUCUGGCCCGGAGUCAUGCAGGGGGCGCCCUGGAGGGACCCCCGGCUCGCCUGUCCCGCCCAGGCUGGGAUGGUUUUGGACAAGGACGGCAAGAAGAAACACUCGCGGCCGACUUUCUCAGGGCAGCAAAUCUUCGCUUUGGAGAAAACCUUCGAGCAAACCAAGUACUUGGCAGGACCCGAGAGAGCCCGCCUCGCUUACUCGCUGGGAAUGACGGAGAGUCAAGUCAAGGUGUGGUUCCAGAACCGGAGGACGAAGUGGCGGAAGCGGCAUGCGGCCGAGAUGGCGUCGGCCAAGAAGAAGCACGACUCGGAGACGGAGAAGCUGAAGGAGAGCUCGGAGAACGAGGACGACGACGAGUACAACAAGCCUCUCGACCCCAACUCGGACGACGAGAAGAUCACGCGGCUCCUCAAGAAGCACAAGGCGGCCGCUGCAGCCGCCGCCGCGGUGUCGUCGGGCCCGCUGGCCCUGCUCAGCCCCUGCAGCAACUCCUCGGAGCCGUCGUGACUGCGGCCGUGCCUUGCCUCGCCCUCGCCCGCCCCGCCGCCCCCUCUCGCCUGCCCGACCCUCCCGUUCUCUCCGGCCAAGCAGGGUAGCCGCCGACGCCGCCAGCCCCAGCCAGCCUCGGGACUGGCCGCCGCGACGUCUUGUACAGCCCGCCACGUAUGGGGGGGAAUAGCGUGUGUGUAUAUAUAUUUCGGACAGAAUUAAGUUAUGGGAACCAAGGAGCAGCGCCCCUUUGCUCUCCGACGGGGCGCACUCGCCAAACGCACAGCCGCGUCGCUCGCACAGGAAGGAAGGAAACCAAACACACACACACAAAAACCGCAAGAAAAGCUUUCCAACUUUUAUGGGUAACUCGACCCUGGUUUAUUUUCCAUUUCCGACCCAGCCAGUCCCCCCACCCCCCUCUUUUACCCCCAUUCAACAUUUGGAAACAAAACAGCCGCCAUGAUGCCCAACCGACCCCUAUUCCGAUUAGCGUAAAAAUGGAAACUGCUGAGAGCAAAUGGACUUUGGGGAAGGGGCAGCCAAAUCAUCUGACCUUAAAAGCAGGCGCCCCUGGAAAAUGUAGCUCCAUCCAAAUAGAAAAAGACUUUGCUGCUCAGUUCAGCUGCGACCCUCAGCCUGCUUACUAGGAGGUAAGUCCCAUUGAACUCAGUAGGGCUUACUUUUGAGUAAACGUUGUUAUGCGGAGCGAUUCUCUUCAACGGCAAGCCUAAGCGCACACAUACUAGGGAGGAAGCCCCAUUGAACUCAAUAGGACUUUACUCCUCAGGAUCCUGCUGUAAAGGUAGCAUGCAAUUUUAUGCAAACUGACUCUGGAGUAAGGGCCCCUGAAUAGGAGCUAGUUCUGAGCAACUUGUAUGGGAUUGCACUGUUAUUUUGGAGUUAAUGUGUUUAGGAUUGUGCUGCUAAAGUGCUUAGGAUUGGGUUAUCUCCUGAUGCAGCUUUCUUGACAGUCAUCCCCCCGGGGGCUUACUUCUGAGUAAAAAUGGCUAAGAUUGGGUGGAGCUGUGCAUGAAGAACAGGCAUAUUUCCUUUAAAGUAGGUUCCAUUGAGUUGAGUGGGAUUCAUUCUGUAGUAACCAUGCUUAGGGUGGCAGCCUUAGUUUUCAAUGGAGCUUAGUUCCUAGUCACAUCCCUAUCCUACGCACACUUGGAAAUGCAGUUUCAUUUUAAAUCAGAGGAACUGACUGGGAAAUAAAUGAGCUUCUGAUGGGGUGGAAUUAUUUGUACUCAGGACGGCUGCCUUUUUGUUGUUGUUAAUACUUGCCACCCACAGCAACCCCCUUCUCCCCCUUCUGUGGUAGCUCUCCUGCUCCUAACAAUCAAGAUUUUGUUACUGUUUUGUAUAUGGGUCCCCGAUUCCAACUCAGCCGCUUUGUAUAUAGGAAAUUGCAGAUUUUUUUGUGAUGUAUAUUUCUAGUGUAAAAAAAAAAAAGCGGUUUUCUCGCCUCUUUUGUUUUGGGGUUUGGAUGCUUUCGUUUAUCUUCCCUUUCCUUUGAAUUUCUUUUUUUCUUUUCUAAAGAGAAUAAGGGAGAAAGAACUGCAUUACUUGAUUUUCGGUUGGCUCCAAACUCUUACAGUUGGAAAGACUUUGUAUAAAUCAAUAAAUUAUUUAACAAGCUUCUCCUCUGGACAA